ACUUCGAUGACGCAGUGCCCUGGGAAGGCGUGGGCUGGACGGCGCGCGAGAAGGGAGAAAAGAUGCCUGAGGGGGCGGGGCCCUAACGCCACCACGUGGUGUAGCGCAGCUCCAGCAUGGCGGGAGAAGGGUUUGCCGCUGAACAGGAAGAUGCUGCAGCCGCCUUUGUGGCCGACCCCCUCCGGCACAAGCUUGGCGGGCCGAGCUGCAACCGCCGCCGGCCUCCUCCGUACCGGGAGAAGAGAUACAUUUGCUCCUUCCCAGACUGCGACGCGACUUUCAACAAGAGCUGGAAGCUGGAAGCCCACCUUUGCCUGCACACGGGAGAGCGGCCAUUCGUUUGCAGUUAUGAAGACUGUGGUAAAGGCUUCACUAGAAUCUUCCAUCUUAAGCGUCACGUUCUUAGGCACACUGGAGAAAAACCAUUUGUGUGCACAGUGGAAGGCUGCAAUAAAAAAUUUAUAACAAAAGCAAACUUGAAAAAACAUGUUGGCCGCCGACAUUUACAGAGGAAAUACAUAUGUGACUUUGAAAAAUGUGGGAAGUCCUUUAAAAAACACCAGCAGUUAAAAAUCCAUCAGUCUCAACACACAGGUGAACGGCUCUUCAAAUGUAGUCAUGAAGGAUGCAAAAUGGACUUCUCUACACCCACCCAUCUGAAACGUCAUGAGAAGAUCCACGAAGGCUAUGCAUGCAAAAAAGAUGGCUGUUUGUUUGUUGGAAAAACAUGGUCAGAACUUCUGAAACACAGCAGACACAGUCAUGUUGAGCCAGUAAUCUGCAGCGUGUGUGCCAAAACAUUUAGCCGCAAAGAUUACCUCAAACGCCACCAGAAAAUUCACGCCACAGACAGAGAAGUACUUAAAUGUCCAAGGGAGGGCUGUGGCAGAACAUACACGACGGUGUUCAAUCUUCAAAGCCAUAUUGCCUCAUUUCACGAGGAGAAAAAAUCUUUCACUUGUGACCACCCUGGCUGUGGGAAAGUCUUUGCAAUGAAACAAAGUCUUGUAAGGCAUGGUGUUGUACACGACCCUGACAAGAGAAAGGUGAAUUCAAAAGCUAAAAAGCCACGUCCUAAGCGGAGUUUGGCCUCGCGUCUCAGUGGAUUCAUCCCACCUAAAGCACAGCGAAGAAAUGUAUCCUUGGUAGAUGAGACUUUGACUGCACUUGCAAUGAGCUCCACGCUGCCUACUGUGGAAACACUUUCCCUUGACUAGAGUUUUGGAUGAACAUACACAAUAGCUUUAUGAAGUGGCCACUAUUGGCAAGUUUAUGAGAACUGUACAAAAAAUGGGAGAGACAUUGAAGCAAAUUCAGUUUUGUGUGUUUAAAACGAAAUCACUGCUUGAGGGUUUCUGAUUCAGUACUGUCCUUUUCAUUAUCCUUAUGAUCUUUUUCGUUCUUGUAUCCACUUAUUUCUCUGUCUGACAUGUGUCUUAUCACACAUGUGCUCCUUCCUUCUUUGACAAUGCGGGGCUCGGAGAGGUAAGUCGCUUUCUCAGGCAUUGUAUCCAAAAUCUGACCAAAUAAUGCUAGCUGAAAAUGAGAAGACAGCUUGGUGUUAGGAAUGUAUUGUUUGUCUUUUUAGGUUCAGUGAAAGAAUUUGACUGAAAUCUGACAAAUCAGGCCUAGGAUGAUGAUGUUGUAGAAACUUCUACUAAAUUAAUGUACGUUGAACCCUUGAGGAUGGCAAGCUGAAAUUCAAACAGUUUUAAGGUUUUGACUGGGGCCCCAUCUGCACUAUGCAUUUAAAGUAGUAUCAUACCACUUUAAACAGUCAAAAAUCCUGGGAACUGCAGUUUGUGAAGGGUGCUGAGAGUUGUUUGGAGACCCCUUCCCCUGCCACGAAACUACAAUUCCCAGAGUUCCCUGGGAAGUGGGAUUGAUUGUUAAACCCCUCUGGGAAUUGUGAGAGGAAUAGGGGUUUCUUAAAAACUCACCACCCUUCACAAAUUAUGCUUCCCAGAAUUCUUUGGGGGAAGUCAUCACUGUUUAAAGUGUUAUGAUACUGGCUUACAUGUAUAGUGCAGAUGGUGCCUAGGGCGGUCAUCUAGAGGUGGCUGCAUUUAGUCAAGCAUUGGUAUCGUGUGCCUUAAUUCAGUCCUCUGGGCAGCAUCUUGAUUGGGGUUGGAGACUUGCCUAUCCCCCAUUGUAAUAUUCUCAUUUUUCUUGCAAGUCCUAUUUGCUACAGAUACCACUUCAUACCCCUAUUUUCCUCAUUUGAUUGGCAACUGGGGGAAGCAAGUAGUAUCCUCAGCUGGCUUUGGCCCAGACAUCUCCAGCUCCUAGUAUCUCAAGUGUUUAGAGAUGUCAAAAUUAGUUUUAUGUUAAACUGAUUUUAACAGGGCGCAUAAAAUUGUAGGCAAAGUUAAAACCAAAUAACAGCGUAUAUUCCACUGGAAUAUAUGGCAUUAGGCACACUUUAAAGCAGGAAUGGGGAACCCGUGCCCCUCCAAAUGUAUUGCAAACUACAACUCCUAUCGUCCUUGACCUUUGGCUAAGCUACCCCGGGCUGAGGGCCACUAGGAGUCACAAGAACAUCUAGAGGGCUUCAGAUUUUCCAUGCCCACUUUAAACCAAAAUACCUCACUCGAGGGCAAAAGGAAACUAGUUAUUUGUAAUGUUAAAGUAUCUAGCAAAACAAGAUGCCUCAAACUGAUCUCUACUGUUGACUGAAAUGAAGUGACACUAAAGGGCUCUUCAUAAUACUACCCAUCUUGAAUUGUGAGAGAUCCUACUUUAAAACUUUUGUUUCAACUUACCAUCUUUUCUGACCCCUCACUAACAUUCUUCUGGCGCACUGUAAUCCUGACGUGAUGCUUCUUGUCAAUCCAUUGCUGAAUUUGUUUUAUUUUUGCAUCUAAAUCAUGCUGCGCAAUAGCUGUAGAAAACGUUAAUUCCUUCUGUUGAACAGGGCCUGCGAAAAUAAUAAGCAAAGGGUUUGCAAGCUUCGUAUUAAAGCAGCUCCAUUCCAGACUAGUUCAGUUUUAAAUAUGUGUUGCAUGAAGCAAGAUUACUAGAAAAGUACGCAGAUAUAUUCUCCUUGCUCCUGAGUCUUUUUUAAAAAAAAAUAUGGCUAAUAAACAGAUAUGCUUUUA